UUGCUCCACUCCUUCUUUGCUCUCCAGGACGACGAGGUCGUUUCAAUCUUCAAACUCCAGCGGACCCUGCAGACCUUUGCAAUGCUUGCUUCUUUGCCUGUGCACCUGCUCCUGCUCACCUUUGCGUCCUACGUCUCGGCCGCGGCAUCCCUCACGCCUCCGCCUGUCUCCGCGUCCGACACCUCUGGCUCGCUCAGUCUCUCCUUGACCCCCACCUCCUCUGCGAAGGUCAGCGCGUCAGGUAGCGGACCAUCGUCCGCAAGCGGGAACAUCAGCUCGACAGCGACCUCGUCAGCGCAGUUCCCCAGCUUGAGCGGGCUGUCUGAUUGUGCAAGCCAGUGCUUUGACCUUGCGAUUGGGCAGGACAACUGUACGAGUGUCAUCCAGGUGAACUGUUAUUGUGCAAACUCGACGCGCUUCACCUCCGGGCUCGUUGACUGCAUCUCCUCUUCCUGCUCCUCGAGCGAUCUCUCUCCCGCGGAGAGCAUCGCCGAGCAGUUCUGCGCCCAGGCGUCGACGAGCACAUUCCUCUCCUUCCCUACACCCCCGCCUUCCGGCAGCGCCACGAGCUUUUCGAACCCGUUCUCAUCCUCGUCUGCGGUCGGGUCGUCCAACAGCUCCUCGUUGAGCGGGAGUGGGAGCGCGACUGUCCCCCCGACGUCUUCGGCUUCGGCUUCGGCUUCUGGCAGUGGUAAUGGGACGGUUCGUUUGAGCCUGCCCAUCCAGGAGCUAAUGGUCGCGGGCGUGGUGGGCUUGGGAGGCGCGCUUCUAGGUCUGCUCAUUGCCUGAGUAACAGCUGAGCCACGAAAAGGACAUAGCUUGGUGUUACCCGCUGUCUGUUUUCUGUGCGAUGUUUUGGUGUGUCGGACUCGGAGCUAAUUGGACCAGUGUCGUUAACACUUUCUACCUUGCCAGUUCUGCAAUGUCUAUGUUCACCCGCUAUCGUUCUUGAUACCACCCGCACGCGUUACCCC